AUCCCAUCUCCUUUCCCUUCGGUCCAAUGACUCGGCUUAGAUCCGGUACCGCCUCGAAGGCGGGCCUGGGUUCCAGGCACGGCCAAUGGCACCCCAGGUGAAGGUUGAGGGGUGGAAAGUGCCGGGUAACCGGUGGUGCAGGUUUUUACCAGCGCAUGUGCAAGGCUACCUGGUCGUCAUGGAGGCAGUCUUAGUGGAGGAGCUUGAUGAGGAGGAGCUGCUAGUGAGAAGGCAUCGCAAAGAGAAGAAGGAGUUGCAAGCCAAAAUUCAGGGUAUGAAAAAUGCUGUUCCCAAGAAUGACAAAAGGAGGAGGAAGCAACUCACUGAAGAUGUUGCUAAGUUGGAAGCAGAAAUGGAACAGAAACAUAAGGAGGAAUUGGAGCAACUGAAGCUGAAUUCUAAGGAAAGUAAAAUAGAUUCUGUUGCUGUUAACAUUUCAAACUUGGUUCUUGAGAAUCAGCCACCUCGGAUAUCAAAAGCACAAAAGAGACGGGACAAAAAAGCUGCGUUGGAAAAGGAACGGGAAGAAAGGAUAGCUGAAGCUGAAAUUGAGAACUUAUCUGGAGCUAGACACAUAGAAAGUGAAAAACUUGCUCAAAUAUUGGCAGCUAGGCAGUUGGAAAUCAAACAGAUUCCAUCUGAUGGCCACUGUAUGUAUAGAGCCAUUGAAGAUCAGCUGAAAGAACAGAAAUGCCCCUUGACUGUGGCUGCCUUGAGAAGUCAAACUGCUGAAUAUAUGCAAGGCCACGUGGAAGACUUUCUGCCAUUUUUAACAAAUCCUAAUACAGGAGAUAUGUAUACUCCAGAAGAGUUUAGAAAGUACUGUGAUGAUAUUGUCAACACAGCUGCAUGGGGAGGUCAGCUUGAGCUAAGAGCUUUGUCUCACAUUUUGCAAACACCAAUAGAGAUAAUACAGGCAGAUUCUCCUCCUAUUGUAGUUGGUGAAGAAUAUCCAAAAAACCCAUUAAUACUUGUAUAUAUGAGACAUGCAUACGGCUUAGGAGAACAUUACAAUUCUGUUACACAGUUGGUGAACACAGCUACUGAAAAUUGCAGCUAGUUUACAAAAUGUUGCACAAUUAUGUUUUAGUACAGUGUGCCGAUCUGACUAUUCUUACAAGUGCUGGAUUGUUCUAACAUUACUGAAAAACACAACUACCUUAAAUCAGUUAUGGCAAAGCUACUAAAAGAUUAAAAAAAAAAAAAAGUGUCAGAAAUAAACUUUAACCAGUGUUCCCUUAGUGGUAUUUUAAAAACACUUGUGAGUCCAGUGUGGAGAACAUUUACAGACCUGAUAUUUGCUGAUAUUUUUAUUAAUAUUAGGUCCUGAACAUUCUGUUCUGCACUGAAAAUAAAUUAAAAAUUUUGUUCUUAUUAGUAAAAGCUUUCAGUAGCCAUUUUAAUGUAACUUUUCUUGAAGAAAUUAAAUGACUUGGUCUCUUUGUCAUUGGAAAUAUAUGGUAAUGGUGAUAGCAAAUUUAAUUAGUGCUUAUAAAUGAAUCUGAUUUCAGUAACUUGGUACUGAUGGGAUUCAUCCUAUGAAACUUUUUUUAUAUAACUGUCAAAGUGAAGCUAAAAAGUUUGCUUUAAUAACUAAAAAUUUUUUUUUUUAAAGAUUUUAUUUAUU